CGAACACUCGGUUGUCAGUUUUGUUUUGGCGGUGAACGAGAAUAGUUCCUAACAUCGCGAAAAUGCUGAAAGUGCGCAGUGGCCUAUCAUUAAUUCAGUCGCAUAAAGCGGUUCUCUCGCUCAGCACUCAAAAACGCUGGCAAACUAAUGCGGCAACGGCUGAGGCUAGAGAAGAUGCAGAAUGGCUGGAGGCCAAGCCAUUUGAUCAGAUCCCCCGCACCAAUAUGAUAUCACUGAUGAUGAAAAUGUCGAUGCCCGGUGGUAAAUACAAGAACAUGGAACUGAUGGACAUGUUUGAAGCCAUGCGACAGGACUACGGUGACAUAUUUCUUAUGCCCGCCUUUAUGGGUAACCCGCCAUUUCUGAACACCCACAAUCCCAAGGACUUCGAGACGGUCUUUCGAAACGAGGGAGUGUGGCCCCAUCGGCCCGGUAAUGACACACUGCUCUAUCAUCGCGAGGAGUACAGGAAGGAGUUCUACCAGGGCGUCAUGGGCAUCAUUCCCACGCAGGGCAAAGCCUGGAGCGACUUUCGAACCGUCGUCAAUCCCGUUCUCAUGCAGCCAAAGAAUGUGAGACUGUACUACAAGAAGAUGUCGCAGGUCAAUCAGGAGUUUGUGCAACGUAUCAAAGAAAUACGGAACCCCAGUACUCUAGAAGCGCCCGAAGAUUUUAUAGACACCAUAAACCGCUGGACCCUCGAAUCCGUAUCCGUGGUGGCCCUGGACAAGCAGCUGGGCUUGCUCAAGGACUCAAAUAAGGAGGAAGAGGCACUCAGGCUGUUUCACUACCUGGACGAGUUCUUUAUAGUAUCAGCGGACCUCGAGAUGAAGCCAUCGCCCUGGCGCUAUAUUAAAACCCCUAAAUUAAAGCGAUUGCUGAAGGCUCUGGAUGGCAUUCAGGAAGUCACUUUGGCCUACGUGGACGAGGCUAUAGUUCGCUUGGAUAAGGAAGAAAAGGCGGGAGUGGUAAGACCAGAGAGUGAACAAAGUGUCCUCGAGAAACUAUUGAAAGUUAACAGGAAAGUGGCCACUGUUAUGGCCAUGGACAUGCUUAUGGCAGGAGUUGACACUACUUCGAGCACCUUUACAGCGCUCAUGCUGUGCCUGGCCAAGAAUCCCGAGAAGCAGCAAAGGUUGCGGGAGGAGGUGAUGCAGGUGCUGCCCCACAAGGACUCCGAGUUCACCGAGGCCUCGAUGAAGAAUGUCCCCUAUCUGCGAGCCUGCAUUAAGGAAUCACAGCGCGUCCAUCCACUGAUCGUUGGAAACGCUAGGGUUCUUUCUAGAGACGCUGUUCUCAGUGGAUACCAAGUGCCAGCUGGAACUCAUGUGUCCAUCGUUCCUUUGAAUGCCCUCACUAAAGAUGAGUACUUCCCACAAGCUUCAGAGUUCCUGCCGGAGCGUUGGCUGCGAAGCCCCAAGGAUUCGGGAUUAAAGUGCCCGGCCAGCGGUCUGAAGUCCACGAAUCCAUUCGUGUUCCUGCCCUUCGGUUUUGGACCCCGCAUGUGCGUUGGCAAACGCAUUGUCGAAAUGGAACUUGAACUGGGUAUUGCUCGAAUCAUUCGAAACUUUAAUGUGGAGUUUAACUAUCCCACGGAAAAUGCUUUCCGAUCUGCCCUGAUCAACCUACCAAACAUUCCGCUCAAGUUUAAAUUUACCGAUUUACCAAACUAAUCUAUUUUUACUUGCAUUUAAUCAAAGGUAAAAGCUAUGUUAUUGCAUGCUAAAUUGUUGUGAUAACUUUGGGCCAUUCUAUGUUGUGGUCCCUUAGAUAUCCCU